UGAAGGGAGCGCGCGCUGUUGGCGCAAGGUGUGGCGAGUGGACAAAUGUGUCCUUUCUCCAAUGAACCGAGGACAAUUCAAUCAGCGCUUCUAAAGCCGCGGACGAAGGGACAAUACUGGAGAUGGAGGUGCUCAAAAUUGACCCAUUUUGCAUACCCCACCAUACCAUGAGACGUCCGGGUCUUCAUCACUGGAGAAGAUGAAUGAUGAUGAAGAUAUGGAUGUCUCGUGAUACUCGUCGACUUUGGGCAUCUCCUGAAUGUUUUGGGAUUCAGAUCUAAAAAGUCACUUUCUGAUCACUUCUACCAUGGACGAAUACACUAUAUAUACACAAAAGUAUGUGGACACCCCUUCAAAUUAGUGGAUUUGGCUAUUUCAGCCACACCCUUUGCUGACAGGUGUAAAACUGAGCACACACAGCCAUGCCAUCUCCAUAGACAAACAUUGGCAGUAGAAAGGCUUUACAUGAAGAGAUCAGUGACUUUCAAUGUGGCACUGUCAUAGGAUGCCACCUUUCCAACAAGUCAGUUCGUGAUAUUUCUGCCCUGUAAGUGCUGUUAUUGUGAAGCGGAAACGUCUAGGAGCAACACUGGCUCAGCCGCAAAGUGGUAGGCCACACAUGCUCACAGAACGGGACUGCUGAAGUGCGUAAAAAUUGUCUGUCCUCUGCAACACUCACUACCAAGUACCAAACUACCUCUGGAAGCAACGUCAGUACAAGAACUAUUCGUCGGGAGCUUCAUUAAAUGGGUUUCCAUGGCCGAGCAGCCGCACACAAGCCUAAGAUCACCUUGCGCAAUGACAAUUGUCGGCUGGAGUGGUGUAAAGCUCGACGCCAUUGGACUCUGGCGCAGUGGACACGUGUUCUCUGGAGUGAUGAAUCAAGCUUCACCAUCUGGCAGGUCCCACGGACGAAUCUGGGUUUAGUGGCUGCCAGGAGAACACUACCUGCCCCAAUGCAUAGAGGAGGAGGAAUAGUGGUCUGGGGCUGUUUUUCAUGGUUCGGUCUAGGCCAUUUAGUUCCAGUGAAGGGAAAUCUUAACACUAUUGCAUACAAUUUCAUUCUAGACAUUUCUGUGCUUCCAACUUUGUGGCAACAGUUUGGGGAAGGCCCUUUCCUGUUUAAGCAUGGCAAAGUGAGGUCCAGUGUGGAAGAACUUGACUGGCCUGCACAUAUCCCUGACCUCAGCCCCAUCAAACACCUUUGGGAUGAAUUGGAAUUGCGAGCCAGGCCUAAUCGCCCAACAUUAGUGCCCUGACCUCACUAAUGCUCUUGUGGCUGAAUGGAGUCCCCACAGCAAUGUUCCAACAUCUAGUGUAAAGCCUUCCCAGAAGAGUGGAUGCUUUUAUAGCAGCAAGGAGGGACCAAUUCCAUAUUAAAGCCCACGACUUUGGAAUGAAAUGUUAGACAUGCAUAUGUCCACAUACUUUUGGUCAUGUAGUGUAUGUAUGGGAAGUUGAGUUAAAAUCAAAUGGUAGGACCCAAUUAUUUGUAGUUAGGGAACAUCAUUGCCAGGCUAAUUGCGCAUGGCCGGAAGUGUCUGGUGAACAAGGUUAUUAGGUAGUUGGAACCCCAGAUGAUGCGGACGGACAAUAAAGGCCGGAGCGCCUCCCCCCACAGGAACGCCUACAAGUCUGACUUCCACACCAUCAAAUGCUCCUUGGAUGCCGCGACCAGGCCUAGACCUUCUUCCCUGGGCGCCUCGAUCCCUUCACCUGGCUCCAUGGCAGUCCCUCACACCAGGACUAGCAGUGGAGGUAACCCUGGUGAGGGUACCAGGGGUGGGGCCCUCAGCCCUAGAGGAACUAAGAUCAAAGACAACAUCUUCUUCCAGAUGGACAGCCAACAGCACCUCCUCCACCCCUUAUCUGAAGCCCUGCCCAAACACCCUCUCAGCUCCAGCUCUGUCCGGAGCAGUGUGGCCAGCAUGUCCAGUGUAGAAUUGUCUAUGCUAGAUAAACCGUCUAAGGCAGAGGAGAUAGCAGAGAUAGACAGAGCUGCUCUAGCCCAGAAGUUCUCGGUGACCCGGAAGCUCUUUGAGACGGUCAUUGGGGGUCAACGUUUAAAUGUCAGCCCUGGCAGAGAUAGCAGGAGGUUGGUGGAGAGUGGGGAGGAAAGGGGGAUUGGGAGUGUAAGGAGCAGGUUAGACAGGGAGCAGCUGACAUCCAUGUCAGAAAGUGAAGGAGAGGGGGAGAGAAGGAAAGAACUCAUGCACAUUUCACUACCCAACAUAGAACUCCAUACAGCCACUUCCUCACUGGGCAUCAGUUUGCCUACACCCCUUCACCCUGUUAAUGGGCACAACAGUGAGACAUUUUCCCCUGACGGUAGAAGUCCUACAACUGACCCCUCAGACCGCAGGAGUGUGUACGGUCGAAGUGUGUUAGAUGGGAGUGUGUGUGAGAACUUUGUGUUCUCCCAUGUAUCCAACCUUUCUAGCCCAGGACCUACCUCCCCCCACUCUCAGCCUCCAUCCCCUUCUUCCAACUCCCCCAGUCCUCUCACCCCAGAGAGGACUGACCUCUAUAGCCCUAGUAGUCCUAAUGCUGACCCCCUGGACAACAGGAGUUUGUCUGAGGGGAACCACCCUAAUGACCUUUACGUGACCCCUGAUGUCCCUUUGACCCCCAAAGAGGUGUCAGGGGCUGGAACUGUAAGGGCGGAGCUAGUGGAGGUGAAGAACGAGUCGUCUGAGAGCGACGGUAACGAAGGAGAGGAGGAAGGCAAGAGGGAGGAGGGCAAUGAGAAUAACCUGGUGGAUGAUGUGUUUGAAGAAUCCAUAGUGGAACCUAGAAUAGUUGAACCUACAUCAGCACAAAGAACAGUAGAACCUAGAAUGGUGGAAAAGAGAACGGUUGAACCUCCAGUAGAACCCAGAAUGGUAGAGUGUGUGGAGGGAUUCCCUGACAGUCUUGAAGUGACGGAACAGGAAAGUGAAUCAGAAAGAGACAUGAAACAGCAGGAGACAGAACAGAGGGAAGAUGGAAUGGAGGGAGAAAACAGACUGAUCAGCCAUGAAAUGGAGCAGCACAGAGGAGAGGGGACAACCGGAGACGGUCAGAAAGUGGAGGUAGAGGUGAAAGGAGAUGAGGCAGGAGAGCAGGAGGAGAGAGAAACCAUGUGCAGUGACAGCAAAGAAAAGACGAGGGAGGAGGUGAGCGAGGGAGAGGAGGAAGUGAAAGAGAAGGCCGGAUUGGAAGAUGGAGGGAUUGACUUCAGGGAAGAAGAGGAAAGAAAGUGCAGAGGGAGAGUGGAAGUGAAGGAAGAGCAGGAGAGGGAAGAGAGGGAGUGCACUGAGAGAGGAGAUGAGGAGAAUGGAUUUGCUGCUGUCCUUGGAAUUGAGAAUGAGGCCUUUAUGGAGGAUGGGGAACUGAACUCUGAGUGUCAUGACGAUUUGGAAUGGCACAGAAAGGACUGGGAGCAGCUUUUUAUGGAAUAUGAGGAGAUUCCCAGUCUUCCCCAUGAGGAUGACGAUGAUGUGGAUUCUGCUAAGAGGAGGAAGAUUAAGUUCUCUGCAGCACCAAUCAAGGUGUUCCUGACCUACUCAAAUGCAGACUAUGACCGGCGUAAUGAUGAUGUUGACCCUGUGUCUGCCUCUGCUGAGUAUGAACUGGAGAAGAGAGUGGACAAGAUGGAUGUCUUCCCUGUCCAGAUAAAGAAAGGAGCGGAGGGCCUGGGUAUCAGUAUAAUAGGGAUGGGGGUAGGGGCUGACCAGGGGCUGGAGAAGUUGGGGAUCUUCAUUAAGACCAUCACUGAGAACGGAGCUACACAACAGGACGGACGUAUCCAGGUGAAUGACCAGAUAGUGGAGGUGGAUGGUGUCAGUCUGGUCGGAGUCACACAGCUGUUUGCUGCCACCGUGCUAAAGAACACCAUUGGCACUGUCAGGUUUUUUAUUGGACGGGAGAAGCAGGGAGAGGAGAGUGAGGUGGCCCGUCUAAUCAAUGAGAGUCUGGAGCAGGACAAGACACCGUCUACGUUAGAGGUGUUAAUUGAUGGUGUUGUUGGGCUGAGCUCAGUAGAAGUCCUCCGUACAGAUGAUGAAGAGGAUGACGAAGAGAAAGAAAUCACCAGCUGCAUCAGAUGCCAACAGCUCCAGUUAAAAGUCAGGACCAAAUCAGACCAGCUCUGCCUAGUGCGGGAGAAGCUGAGGGGGUGUGAGGAGCAGCAGGCCUUGUGGGAGAGUCAUCAGGCUGAACUGAAGGAGCGUGUCCAGGAUGGAGAGGAGAAGGCUGACAAACUAGAGAAGUACUGGCAGGAGGCGCAGGCUCUGUGCAGGAUUGUGAACCAGCGAUUGGCUGACACCCAGAGCCAAUUAGACAGCCUGGAGGUGAAAUACAGCAAGGCCAAGAGACUGCUGAGAGAAUUCCAACACAGGGAGAAUGAGAGCGAGGGGAGAGAGGAGGAGCUGCAGAGAGAGAUGGAGGAGAGUGAGAGGAUACAUGGAGAGACUGUGGAGAGACUCCAGAGACGGAUAGGUCUACUGGAGAGAGGGGAGAUGGUCCCUGAGAGUGACAACCAAUCACUGGAUACCUCAAGUGCAGACUGGAGCAUUGCGGUGCCUGUGACAGAUCUGUUAGACACCAGCGCUCACAGGGCCAGAGCACAGCUCGCCCAAAAAACCAAGAGACACCCUCCCUCACGAGACAAACUCAGAGAGUCCUUCAGACAACAGGGUGAGGAAGACUAUAUUCAGAGGUGUGGCGGGAAGAGCCAAUCACUGACUGCGAUCGCACCACGAGAGACUGGACGAUCGGUCUCAGCAGGCGGUCACCAUGUCCACUCCAGCACAUCCUCUCUGUCUGCCCUCACCUCCAAGCCCCACCCCCCCUUUCUUCUCACCCCCCAGCCAGGCCAGUCCCCCCGUAAAGAGGACAAGUCAUCUACCACAUGCAAAUCAAAGAGGAGAUUCCCUGACUUCAGCGGCCUCCGCAAGUCUCUGAGGAGAGGGAGGAAGUGUGAGGAGAAGAAGAACAAGGAAAGGCCCCUGGACCACAGGGGUUUACGUGUUAACCUGGUAGAUGCCCCCAGCGGUGGUGUCUUUCCCUCUGUAUCCUCCGUGCCCUCCUGCCUACCCUUCUCCUGGUUUGGAGAGCGAGGGAGGGAGAAGGGGAGAGGGAAGCUUAGGUCUGUCUCCAGCAGCAGUCUACCGUACAUGACCACCGGAGGCAGUAGAGACUGCCAGAGAGUGAAUGUAGGAGAUUCGGGUAGUCCCAGCUCUGCUCUCCUAUCAGGGAUGCUGUCAGAUCUGUCUCUCUCUGCACAUUCUCAAACUCCCACCUUCUCAUCAGAGAACCUGGAUGAUGACUCUGUCCCAGUUGGUAACGAUUACCAAUGGCAAAGCCGACCCCUGGACCAAUGGACUAAUCAGCAAGUCUGUCUGUGGUUGAUUGGCAUGAGCAUGGACCAAUAUGCGGCCCAGUUCACAGCCAAUGGUGUGGAUGGGCUGCAACUUCUCAGUCUGGACAACAACAAACUCAAGGCUCUGGGUGUGUGCAGUCACAGUGACCGUGCUGCUCUGAAGAGAAGGCUGAAGGAGAUGAGGAAGACUCUGGAGAGAGCGAAGGGAAAGGAGGAGAGGGAACAUGAGAAGAGGAUGAAGGAGAGAAAGGAGGCCAGGCAUAGUGGUAAAAAGGUCCGAAACGAGUCCCUCUGCUGAAGUCUGGACCCUGACCUCUAACCCUUAAACCCGGAAAUGAUCUUCAAUCACAACUUUUUGUCUAAGUCCUACUACUAUUAGGUUCAUCUCAUGCAUUCCAGCCAUUAGACAAUCAGCUAUAGUCUCUCUCUUAUAAACUCUCUACCAGCACAGAAACGUCAGUCUCACUGUUAGUCUUCACUGUGACUAGUGAAAUAUACUUUUUAUCUGUUUUGUAACAGUAUUUAUGUACAGAUGUUUCUAUACGAAUGUUGUACAAUUGAUUUCAAUGAAGCACUCAAAUAUUUUAAGCUGGGAAUAUUUUACAUUCAUUAAUAAAUAAUGUUUUAAACGUA